AUGACUGGGACACUACCCCAACCGGCUUCGAUCCAGGGCCAGGAUCAGCCCGCCAUUGUGGAUAUCCGUGCUCUCCUGCAGAGGCUCUGGCCAGAUCCCGAGCAGACGCGAGUGACGGCCAAGGAGAUUGCCGCUGCCAUCGCCCUGAUCUUUACCAACAACCUCAGCCCUGUCCAGACCGGCUCGCUGCUGACGGCCCUGCACUUCACGGGAUGGGACCGCCGCGCAGACGUGCUGGCCGAGGCCUCAACCGCUAUGAGGAACGCCUCGUCCCCGAUCGACUUCCAGGCUUUGAAUGAGGUCAUCGCAAGAAAAGGCGUCAAGGAGGGCCGCUACGGAGGCGGUCUUUGCGAUAUUGUGGGCACUGGAGGCGACUCCCACAAUACCUUCAAUAUCUCAACAACGUCUUCCAUCAUUGCGUCUACUCUCCUCCAGAUUGGCAAGCAUGGAAACAGAGCCUCGACGUCAAAAUCUGGCUCGGCCGAUCUUCUCAUGUGCAUGGUCCCUCGACCGGCUCCCCUGGCCACUAUUACCCCAGACACCAUUGCCAAGGUCUACGAGGAGACAAAGUACGCCUUUCUAUUCGCGCCUACCUUCCACCCGGGUAUGAAGUACGUGGCUCCUAUCCGCAAGGAACUCGGCUGGCGCACCAUCUUCAACCUCCUUGGACCACUCGCCAAUCCUCUCCACGACGCUAUCGAGGUGCGGAUGCUGGGAGUGGCUCGUGAUGACAUGGGCCCGGUCUUUGCCGAGGCCCUACGCCUGACUGGCUGCACCAAGGGCUUGAUCGUCUGUGGAGUUGAGCAGCUGGAUGAGAUUUCUUGCGCCGGAGAGACGCUGUGCUGGCAACUGGUUGAGCGUGCCGACGGUGUGGUAGAGAUUGAGCACUUCCGCCUUGCGCCGGAAGACUUUGGUCUCUCAAGGCACCCCCUGAACACCGUGUCCCCAGGAAAAGAGCCGCACCAGAACGCCGAGAUUCUGCGCAAGCUUCUACAGGGCGAAGUGCCUGAUGAUGACCCCAUCCUCGAAUUUGUACUCAUGAACACGGCUGCGCUAUUUGUUACGAGCGGUAUCUGUGACGCGGAUACGAGCAACAUGGGUCCUGGGGACGACGGCAAGGUCAUCACGGAACGUGGUCCAGGCAAUGGUCGCUGGAAGGAGGGUGUCAGGAGGGCUCGCUGGGCCGUCAAGAGCGGCUCGGCUUGGAAGGAGUGGGAGAGGUUCGUGGAUAUCACCACCAGUUUCACCAAGUAG